AUGGUGAAGAUGGAGCCUCGCGAGGCCGAAGUGACAAUCGGCUCUCACCAGCAGAGCAACAUCAGACUCAGCGAAGCGUAUGGAGAAGGGUCGCAAGCUUACAGCCUGGCGGACUUCAGAAGAAAACUCCGGAUGAGCGUUGUCAAAUGCACAGAUGAAGACUUGGAGUUCGACAUUAUAGGAGUCGACCCCGCCAUCGCGAAUGCCAUCCGACGGAUACUCAUAGCCGAAGUGCCGACGAUGGCCGCCGAUCGCAUCACCUUGAUAAAUAAUACUUCUUUCAUCCAUGACAAAGAUCUCACAAACAGAAUUGGACUCGUCCCCAUCAGAGUCGACUCCCGAUUGUUUGAGAACCGCAAUCCUGAGCAGCCGGCCUCCUCGCAGGAUACGGUUGUCUUCGAACUCCACAUUCGCUGUACAAAAAACCUUCAAGCUGCCCAGGAUAGCACUCUACCGAAAGAUAUAUAUAGCAAUAGCUCGGUGUACUCCGGACAUCUCACCUGGGUUCCCCUAGAAGGACAGGAAAUGUUAUUCGCGAAAAACCCUCCGAAGCCAAUCCAUGACGAUAUUCUCAUCGCAAAACUCCGACCAGGGCAAGAAAUCGACAUGAAGAUCGAGUAUCUGAAAGGAAUCGGGAAAACGCAUGCGAAGUUCUCCCCUGUCGCGACUGCUUCGUAUAGGCUGCUUCCAGUUAUUGAAAUACUGGAGGAUGUUUGCGGCGAAGCGGCGAGACGUCUCAAGAAUUCUUUCUCGAAAGGUGUCGUUGAAAUCGAAAAACGCAACGGGGUAGACGUGGCCAAAAUCGUCAACCCACGCAUGGACACGUGCAGUCGCAACGUACUGAUGCACGACGACUUGGCAGAGAAAGUCAGACUCGGGCGAAAGCUUGACCACUUCAUUUUCAGCGUUGAGAGCGUGGGAAUGCUUCCGUCUGACAUUCUCGUGAAAGAAAGUAUCAAAGUCAUGUUAGGUAAGUGUAAGUCCUUUCUCGAUCAGAUCGAAAGGGUUCGAGGCAAACGGAAAAACGCGAACGGUCAUCACUGAUUCGUCCCUGGAAUAAAUUCAUUCGUGCGUGGUA